AGGAUGUUGGUGCGGAAUCCAUGUCACUGCCGGAACUGAUCGAGGCCUAUACGGGCGAGUUCCUUUUCUCUACACCGAGUACUCGCUGCUCGCUGCUGCACAAAAUCAUUGCAGCACUCUCUGAUGCGGAGCAAAGUGAGGUUGACGAGUGCUUCAAGCCCCUGCUCGUGGGAUUGGUCAAAACCCUACACCAGUAUGCGGAUAGAAGAUCUCGCACUCUUGUCAACAAGGCCCUAGAAAGUUUGUGCACAGCUUCAUCCGAGAAUGCCGUCAAAACGUUUCCGGUGGUCAUCACAAAACUGGCCGCUCGAAAAGGGUACAACGUAUUGGCUAUCAACACGCUUUUGAAUUGGACGAUGUCGUUCAUAUCUGCUGUUGGGGUGGAGUGUGUCCUUGCUAACCCUGAUGUACUCAAAUCAUUGGCUCUGGCGCAGGCCAAGCUAGUCAGCGCAGUAUACGAAGUGGACAACCGUCGUGGCAACCAACGCUGUCGUGCUACCGUUGAUGCGUUGUUGCACAAAGGCGGCCGUGCGUUGUGCGACAGCUAUCUGUCUGUGCUGGAAGUGGCCCCCAGUGCCUAUCCCGGAAAGCUCGCGGGUCUGAUUGUGGACCAUGCUAAUAGAUAUGAGAUGGAGGAGAUUGUAGCUGAGCAUAUGCCCAACUUGGUAAAGCUUUAUCAAACCACUAUUGUGAAGCAGAAGGUGUUGCCGCCCCUGCACGAAUGCAUGGGCUUUCGGGCGAUUCUCAGUGCCAUGCCAGCAGAGAGCUAUGUCAAGGAUAUACUCCCUCCGACCAUGAAGUCAUUCCUGCGCAACUCUUCGGUGGGAUCAGUGAUUUUGGCGUCACAGAUGGACUCGCUGGAGUCGGAUCUCAGUCACUUUGUGGACGACUUCAUGUCGGCCGUGCGCAACACUCUCAACCACAAAGAGGAGAACAUCCGAGACAACGGCGUGGAGUUCUGCACCUCGCUGUGCACGCACCUGUCCUCGCCCGCGUCCCUAACCACGCUCACAAGUGGACUGGUGGACAUGGUCAGCGGAAAAGGACCGGUCAAGGUGUCCGCUUGGGCACACAAGGUGCAUGUGGCUCAGGCCUUGGAGGCUGUGGCAAAGGCUGCGCACGACACUACGAAGCAGCAAGUGGCUGCCGAUGUGGUGACGGCUGCGCUGGCGGCGGCGGAUAAGGAAGCCAAUGAAACCGCGCAGCUGGCCGAGUUCUCUGCCGUAGAGCAGUGGCUGCCGUUUGUCUCCGUACUUCCCCAGAAGGUUCUGGACGCCUUUGCUAACAACUACCUCACACCCAAGGCCAAGCCAACCUGCCGCUCAGCAGCCCUCAAAACACUCUCCUGCGGAGUUGCAACCUCUAGCUGCACUAAGGACGUGUGCGCCAGUUUGGUGCCUAAUCUUCUGGCCAUCAUUGACAGCGCUGUGGCUAAACCUGCGCACGCGGCGGUGGCGGAUGCGACAUAUGCGGCGUACUACCUGCUGGCGUGGACACAGGGGGACAAUGCGAGUGUGGCGCUGCCGUUGAAGAAAGGCGGCGAUCUCCGCAACGUCAUCACCACCAUGGAAGUCCUGUGCAGCCCCAAACUGCUGGCCAACGCAGACGUGCCCCUCCAACGCAGCAUUGCUCGACUAUCCACCUGCGUACUCUCGGCCAACCCCGGCGAAUGGGUCAAUGCGCAAAGCCCCUGGGUGGCUGCUGUGCUACGCCUGAGUGUGUCUGAGGAUGUGGGUGUGCGCCGGCAGUGUGUGGCGGCCGUUAGCGGCGCCGUGCGGGACGAUAGGGAUGUGGACGAGAAGCUGGAUGUCUUACUCAGUGUGUUUGAUGCGCUAUUCCUGGAGCCUGAGAUCCCACUGACUCAGAACAAAGAGUUCCUGAUGCUAACCGCCACCGCAAUCUGCGGCGUGAGCGGCAACGGUACGAAAAGUACCCAUGAACAUAUGGCCCUGAAGUCACUUUUGGUUUUCAAUCAUCCCCGAGUAGGGUCCAAGAAAGCCUACCAUCGUAUGCUGCGGCACGCGCAAGUGGAUAUUGAGAGUUUCAUCAGAGACAAUCUGGAGGAAGUAAUCGCACUGACAACCGGUGAUCUCGGGGUAGGAAGCGAGAACCCGCACACACAGCAGGCAGCCAUUGCGGCCAUCAAGGACCUUCUGGUGCAUGUGGGUGAUGCCACGGUGCUGCCUUAUCUGAAAUGGGCCAUGGCUAGCCUCGACUCGCCGCUGAUCCUGUCGGUGGAUGCGUACAAGAAGAAUGUCUACACCACGCCUGAGGGAGAGCUGUACAACAACGAAGUCUUGGAGUCCAUCAAACGAAGCCAGGCCCCAGCACCGUCUCGAGCGAAGAAGGGCAAGAAAACAGAUCUUGAGGAGGAAGCCUGGCAGAAGAAGAUCCGUGACGACCAGGCACGCAAGAGAGGUGAAGACCCCAACGCCAUCAAAAUGACAGCCCAUCAGAGGGAGCAAGUCGAAGCGGAACGCACCAAAGAAGCCGCCAUCCGCUCGGAAGUGGCGGCUAUUGCUACCGACGCCACACGCGUGUUCUCUGUGCUACUGGCGAUCUGCUCAGUAAAUCCUAAGCAACUCCGGGCCAACACGCCCUUGAUGCUGGCCAUUCUGAAGCCCCUCCUGACGUCGCCGCUGGUGGGGGAUGUGAGUCAGCAGGUGUGGUACUCCAUGAUGGGGUCGCUGGAUAAGAAGUUCUUGGCCAACUGCCAGCCCACGGUGGUGUGCCAGUACACACUGCGGCAGCUGAACACCCGCACGCUGUCGGCUGAAGAAAACACAGAGCUGCAGAAAGGCGUCGGCGCUGCGGUGACGAAACUGUUCAUGUCCACCGCUGGAACACGCAGCUUAGCCAAUCCGGAGUUUAGCUACUGCUUUGAGCUGCUCAGAAGCAUCCUGGCGCACCCCGUGCCGUCGUACUUCCCUGUGAAUGUCCAGCGACAGGCGCUCGGACUGGUUAAACGCCAUCUGCCUGCGGUUAUGAAGUCGUCGUUGUACCCACGCAGCGAUCUCAUACAGCUGCUGCUUCUCGUCGCGGAUGUGCACGACCACCUACAAGCUCAGGCGGUGGAUUCGCUCGUGCUAGUGGGCGCAGAGGUACCACGCCAGCUGGACGACACUGUGCUGCGUCUGCUGAGCCAAGGCCUGCUCAGCCCCAUAGCGGCCAUCCGGCUGGCGUGUCUGAAGGCGCUCAACGCACAACCCAUCGAGGACUACGACAGAGACGAGCAGGACAUGACGCAGGCUAUAAAUAGAAUCAAACCGCACGUGCUCGCGCUCAAGUAUGACGCCGACGACGCGAUCAAGACCGCCGCCGAGGAGAUGCUGGACGACAAGGAUCUGGAGAUCAACACGCUGGAAGAAGUUCGGUACAUCGCCACGCUGGUGGAGAACCCCACGCCCGAGGUCCAGGAGUACGCGGUCAGGGGUCUGAGUGCGGCACUGAGCGAGCUGCCCGACUACACCAACGAAAUCACAGAGGGGCUGCUGGACCGUAUUCCCGUGUUGCUGUCUAUGCCCGAGCCUGUGUACGACGACAACAGGAAUCUGAUCUCUGAGCCGUUUGUUGAUCCGUGGGAGGCGCGUAGGGGUCUGGCCAUGGCCCUCAACCACACAGCCGUCAACAUCUCCGACAGCGAGCUGCAGAAGAACAUGACGUUCAUCUCACAGUUCGGGUUCACAGACCGCAACGCUGAGGUACGCGCGGCUAUGCUGGCCGCAGCGUCGCAGCUGAUCGACGUGCACGGUGCCAGCUCAGUCAACGAGAUGCUUCCGGUGAUGGAGGAGACGCUCGCACGCACAACAGACACCAGCGACGACGAGGUACACGAAGCAACGAUCAUCUGCAUCGGCGCCAUGGCGCGGCAUCUGGACAAGACCGAUCCAAAGGUGCAGAAGGUCAUUGCGCUGCUGUUUGAGGCCCUCAAAACACCCUCGCAGUCCGUGCAGGAGGCGGUGGCCAAGUGCCUGCCGCCGCUGAUUAACGCCAAGGACGAGAACGCCGGCGAGCUGAUCAAGACGCUGCUGGACCAGCUGUUGGAGGGCAAGAAGUUCUCGGACCGCAAGGGGGCGGCCUAUGGACUGGCGGCUGUGGUGAAGGGCCUGGGCAUUCUGUCGCUGCGCAAGCACGCGGUAGUGGACGAUCUCAUGGACGCGGUGCAGAACAAGAAGCGCAAGGAACACCGCGAGGGCGGGCUGAUGGCGUUUGAGACGAUGGUGUCGACGCUGGGCCGUUUGUUUGAGCCGUACGUCAUUAAGCUGCUGCCACACCUGCUGGUGGCGUUCGGGGAUAACGAUGAGAACGUGCGCCUGGCCGCACAGGACACAGCUGCGGCCAUCAUCAAACAUCUGAGCCAGAGCAGCAAAACGGGCCCUGGUGUUAAGCUGGUGCUGCCGUCGCUCAUGAGGGCUCUGGAUGACAAGCAAUGGCGAACUAAACAAGGCGCAACUGAGAUGUUAGGAGCCAUGUCAGCGUGUGCACCAGAUCAGCUGUCGUCUUCACUGCCACAGAUUGUGCCCCGACUGGCGGAGGUGCUGACAGAUUCGCACCCCAAAGUGCAGGAAGCCGGCAGAUUGGCUCUGAAGAAAAUCGGUGGUGUGAUCAAAAAUCCAGAGAUUCAAGAGAUUGUGGAUGUACUUUUGGCGGCGCUGGUGGACCCCGAUGGCAAGACGCAGAAGUGUCUCACCACUUUGCUGGAUACCAAUUUCGUUCAUUUCAUCGACGCCCCGUCGCUGGCAUUGAUCAUGCCUGUGUUGCACCGUGCACUCAAACAGAGAAGUACAGAGACUAAAAUGUGGGCCGCGCAGAUUAUCGGGAAUAUGUCGUCGCUGACCAACCACAAGGAUCUCCAGCCUUACCUCAAUAUAGUACUCCCAGGGCUACGAGAGGUGCUGGUGGACUCGAGUCCUGCGGUCCGAGAGGUGUCUGCCAAGGCACUGGGUACCAUGGUACAAGGUAUGGGCGAGGAGAGUUUCUCUGAACUUAUUCCCUGGCUGGUAGAGACGCUCAAGUCACCUGGCAACAGCGCCGUGGAUCGAAGCGGUGCCGCACAAGGUCUCAGUGAGGUGCUCUACGGCCUCGGGUCGGAACGACUGGAGCGGUUGCUGCCGGAUAUCAUCGCCAACUGCUCGGCGAAGGAAGCGUACACACGUGAGGGUUUCAUGAUGGUGCUCUUCUUCACCCCGUCCUCGUUUGGAGACGAUCUAUUGCCGUUCGUGCCCGUUGUCAUCCCACCCAUUCUGAAGGGAUUGGCCGAUGAGGCAGAGAACGUGCGCCAUGCAGCACUGAAGGCCGGUCAGAUGAUUGUCAACAACUACGCCGAGAGUGCCGUGGAGAUUCUUCUGCCCGAACUCGAGAAGGGUCUCUUCGACGACAACUGGCGUAUUCGACAGUCGUCCGUGCAUCUUUUGGGUGAUCUGCUUUACCGCAUUUCCGGUCAAUCCGGUGCCAAAACCACCGAAUCGGGUGGGGACGAUGACAAUUUCGGUACAACCGAGGCCAGGGAUGCGCUGGUGGAGGUCUUGGGAGAGGAGCGUUUGGCACAGGUGUUUGCUGGUCUGUACAUGGGACGGUCCGAUGUGGCGCCAUUGGUUCGCCAGGCGUCGCUGCACAUCUGGAAGGUGGUGGUGUUCAACACAGCCCGCACACUGCGUGACAUCAUGCCUGUGCUCAUGCAGCUGCUGCUGAAGUCUCUGUCGUCGCCCAACCACGACCGCCGUCGUAUUGCGGCGCAGACAUUGGGUGAUGUGGUGCUGAAACUCGGGGACUUUGUGCUGCCGGAGAUUGUACCCAUUUUGGCUGAAGGCCUGGAUGCGGAAGACUCGAGCACGCGCUGUGGUGUGUGUGUGGGUCUGAGCGAGGUGAUGAAUGCCGCGUCCAAGGACUCGGUGAUCAUGUUUGUGUCGUCGAUUAUUCCCGUGGUGCGCCAGUCACUGAUGGACCGUGACAGUGAGGUGCGCGAGGCUGCGGCCAAGACCUUCGACACGCUGUUCACGGUCAUUGGCAACAAGGCCGUUGAUGAGGUGCUGCCGUCUAUGUUGGCAGCGCUGGACAGCGAGGAUGAAGAGAUCAACGAGUGCGCUCUGCUGGGUUUGCGGCAGGUCAUGAAGACGCAGUCGCAAGUAGUGCUGCCAUUCCUUGUGCCGAAGCUCAUUGCCCAGCCGGUUACGGGAGCCAAUGCACACGCCCUGGGGGCUUUGGCCGUGGUGUCUGGCUCCACCCUGGACGUGCACUUGUCCAAGAUAGUCCCUGCACUAUUGCAAGCCAUCUGCGUUCGGGAUGACAGCUCAGACUCGAUUCAAGAAUCGUUCGAGCAAAUCAUCAUGUGCCUGGAAACCAGGAAGGGCCAGUCCGUGGUUAUGAAUGAGCUGAUCGAGAUGCUUGGACAUCACAAGGCCGUCUACCGCGAGGUCGCAUCGAAGAUCAUUGUUGUCAUUGCCGAUACAUAUGACAUUGAGGUAUGUGAAGAACAGGAAGGAGAGGUACAUCCACCAAUCACCUACCACACAAUCUUACCAGCCACUCGCCAACCACCUAACCCACAAUCUAACCAACCACCUAUCCCACAAUCUAAACCAACCACCUAA